AAAUUGUGAAUUGAAUCUUAAUUACUAUUCAAAGAAGCAACUGUAAAAUUCUAAAGCUGAUCCAAACCAAAAUCAAAAAUCUUUGAGAACGGGUCUGCUAAGAAAACAGUUUAACAAUCUUUAGAAUUUUACAUUCACCUCCUUCUGGACGAUGGCGCAAAACGAGAAUGAUUCGCAGGUGCAACGCAAUUGUGCUUUAUGUGUCGAAUCGGAUGAUUACGACGACAUGGUGGCAUGUGAUUCUUGCCAGUUGUGGCACCAUUACUCCUGUGCGAAGGUCAGUCCCAAUGUCAAGGAUCGUAAAUGGAACUGUCCCACCUGCGAACCCUCAUGCAAGGAUGAUAGUAAAGAUGUCCUGAAGAAUGACGGUAACAAAACCAACCCAAAACGCCUCGUAUCUCUUCUAAAUCGGACGCGAAGGGUGCCAAGCCGAAGAUUCCUGCAAAGCAGCCGGAUGCGCUGGAGGUUCCUAAGAAGACGAUGGCAAAGUCUACGGCUGGUAGCAAAAUUUCCAAAAGAUCGAAGAAAAUGGUUGACGAUAGUGUUACAUCCAGUACACGAGCUCGUUUGGAACUCGAGCUGAAAGCGUUGGAGGAACAGCAACGGAUUCAAGAAGAAGAUUUAGCGGAAAAGAAGAAGUUAAAGGAUCUCCAUCGAAAACUUGAGGAGGAGCUACGGGAGAAGGAGUUGGCGAUCGAAGUGAGACGAAUCGCCCAAGCGAAAGUGGCACUGGAGCAGAAGAUGGCAGACGAGAGCGAAUUCCGAAGACAACAAAUGGCGAUUAGGAAACAUUCAGCUGAGGAGAAGGUGAAGCUCAUUCGGCAGGCAUCUCAGUACGGCAGCAGCCAUGGUAGCAGGGCGAGUGGCGGCAUUAGUGUCACUGAUUCAAGGGUCAAAGUGAAGGAUUGGUUGGAGAACACAAAGCAGCAGAUUGAGGGAAUGAAAAUCGAUUCCACGUCAGUAGUUGAACCAACAUCAGGUCUCAAACAGGUACCCUUAGAAUUCAACAGUAACAACAACAAUUAUCAAUAAGGUCGAUAAGAUAUUAGAACUUCCUAAUCCUAAUAGUGUCCAACCAAGAAAACCUCUCGUUAGUCAGGGCAAUCAAAAAAAGCAGAACGAAUUACAUGAUUCUAGCUUGCAAGAUAAUACUAAAACACAAGAUAAUUCUAAUAGGCGUGAAUCGUCAAAAGUAAAUACCAAAUCGGGAAUGCAAGAUGGUAUUGGGGAAGAUGAGGGUAGUGUAUUAAAUCAGUCUCAACCACAACAAAACGAAGAUCGAAGAUCUGAAGAUAACUGUCAGGUUUCGACGCAGUCAAGUCAGGAUCAAAGAAAUGAUGAACAACAACCGAACCAGGAAAACAACCCAGAAUGGACCCAGGAUCGCAUCAACGAUGUAUAUCUAGAGUGUCCAACGAAUCGACAAUUGGCUGCUAGUCAUGUUAUGGGGAAGGAUUUGCCGAGUUUUUCGGGUAACCCGGAAGAAUGGCCAAUAUGGAUAAGCAACUUCCAGCGCUCUACAACAACUUGUGGAUUCUCCGACGAUGAAAAUCUCAUCCGUCUUCAGCGAUAUCUGAAAGGACCGGCUCUUGAAGCAGUGCGAAGCCGAUUGCUUUAUCCCGCAGGUAUACCACACGUUAUCAAAACUUUAGAGAUGCGGUACGGACGUCCGGAAACACUCAUUCGAUCCAUGACAGAACGAGUUCGGCAGUUACCAUCCCUGAAAGCCAACGAUCUGGAGAGCAUCAUAGAAUUCGGACUGGCUGUGGAUAACUUAGUGCAACAUCUUAAGAACGUGGUAUAUCAGGCACAUCUAUCCAAUCCUUCAUUGUUACAUGAUUUGGUGGGGAAAUUAUCGUCUCAAGUGGUCGGCAAUCAAAAGUGAAAAUCAAAAUGUGGAUCUCUGUAUGUUUGGAAGGUUCAUGUCAGGUUUAGUUGAACUUGCCAAUAACGUAGCGGAUGACUUCCCAUGUGUGAAACCAAAGGUCAAGCAGCAGUCGUUUGUCCAGACUCAUGCGGAACCGGAAUCAUCGUUGAAUGAACCGAUUAACAACAUUACACCAGGUAGAACACCGAAAAAACCAUGCGCGGUUUGUAAAGUAGAAGGACACAGAGUAUCAGAAUGCAGCGAGUUCAAAUCGAUGAAUAUCGACGGAAGGCUGAAAGCGGCACAGGAGAUUGGUCUAUGCAGGUCGUGUUUGAAUUAUCAUGGAAAAUGGCCUUGUAAAACUGCGAAGGAAUGCAGAAUAAACAAUUGCCAACUAAAGCAUCACCCUCUCCUACAUUCUUCGAGCGCAACCACGCAGGCAGCGAUAUCAACAAGUCAUCUUAGCGAUUUGAAGACGUUGCGUGGACCGCUCUUCAGGAUUAUACCUGUUACGCUAUACGGGAAGAAUUGCAAAGUGAACAUUUUUGCAUUCGUUGACGAAGGGUCACAAAUAACUUUGUUGGAGGAUUCGGUUGCAAAUGAACUUGGUAUAGCUGGAACUAUGGAACCACUCAACUUACAAUGGACCGGUAACAUCAAGCGUAGCGAACCGUAAUCUAGACGAAUCAGUUUUGAUAUCUCCGGUAGCGGAUAUUCGUAGCAUUAUAUACUGGUGAAUGCACGUACAGUCGGCGGACUACUCCUUCCAUCGCAAAAUAUGAACUAUAGCGAAAUGACCAGAAAAUAUCCUCAUUUGCGUGGCCUACCAUUACAGAACUACUCGAAUGUAUCGCCAAAACUCUUGAUCGGUCUUGACAACUUGAAACUCACCGUGCCGUUGAAAAUCAGAGAAGGAUCGUGGGAGGAGCCAAUAGCCGGUAAGAGCCGAAUCGGAUGGAGCAUCUACGGAUGUGCAUCAGAGCUAAAGUCUACAGUUGUAUGUGGGUUUCACGUUGGAGGAUGGACCGAUCCAGAGCAAGACCUGAAUCAACGAGUUCGGGAUUACAUCACACUGGAUAACAUCGGGGUAACACAUCCAUCUAUUCCAUUGGAAUCCGAAGAAGACAAACGAGCAACGAUUCUGUUAGAAUCGACUACCCGAAGAGUCAAAGGAGUUUUCGAGACGAGUUUAUUGUGGAAGUGGGACAACUUCAGCUUUCCUAGCAGCUAUGGGAUGGCAUACAAACGGUUGUGUUCACUCGAGAGACGUCUGAAUAAAGAUCCCGGUCUAUAUGAUCGAGUUCGACAGCAGAUACGGGAUUAUGAAGCCAAGGGAAGACAUUUCCUUACGAGACAACCUGCAACACGUUUAAGAAGAGUCGUACGUCCCUACUAAACGAGAAGUCUUACGCACUGUAAUGAGCUUCUUCGAUCCAAUAGGACUGAUUUCGUUUUUCCUGAUCCACGGAAGGAUAUUGAUGCAGGACAUAUGGGCAGCUGGAAUUGGAUGGGACGACAAAAUUAAUGAGAAACUAAGGUCACAGUGGAAGAAUUGGAUUAAUCUCGUUCCGAAUCUUGAACGCUUACGAAUCCCGAGAUGCUAUUUUCCGGAAGCCGUUCAAGAAACUUAUUGCAGGAUAUUGAUGCAGGACAUAUGGGCAGCUGGAAUUGGAUGGGACGACAAAAUUAAUGAGAAACUAAGGUCACAGUGGAAGAAUUGGAUUAAUCUCGUUCCGAAUCUUGAACGCUUACGAAUCCCGAGAUGCUAUUUUCCGGAAGCCGUUCAAGAAACUUAUAAGAAUUUACAAGUUCACGUAUUCGUCGACGCGAGCAGAUCUGCGUAUGCAUGUGCGGUGUAUUUCCGCAUUGAGACGUUUCAUGGCCCGAGUGUUCGCCUAGUAGCUGCCAAAGCAAAAGUAGCUCCCUUGAAGAUGCUGACUGUUUCACGCCUUGAACUACAAGCAGCUGUCCUAGGAUCUCGCCUUCUCAACAGCGUGAUAUCCAUGCACGCUCUCCCCGUGACAAAGCGUGUUUUAUGGUCCGAUUCCAGCACUGUUCUCGCUUGGAUUAGAUCAGACCAGCGCCAGUGCCAUCUACAGGUUAUGGCCAUUCAUGGAUGAGGACGGAGUGAUACGUAAACGCAAUCGGUUGGCGAAUGCAGAAUGGAUACCGUAUGGAACCAAGUACCCGGUUAUUCUACCCAGUAAACAUCCGAUCACCUUUCUUCUUGUCGACUCAUUUCAUCGUUGCUUCCGUCACUGUAACCGUGAAACAGUUGUCAACGAGAUGAGGCAACUCUACGAUAUUCCGAAGCUAAGAUCAAUUGUUGCAGAAGUUUCGAAACGAUGUAUUUGGUGUAAAGUUGUUCGUGCCUAUCCUCGCCCACCACCCAUGGCACCACUCCCAAAAGUACGAUUGAGACCGUUUGUGCGGCCGUUCACCUAUGUCGGUAUAGACUAUUUUGUUCCAGUGCUCGUGAAGGUGGGUCGGAACAACGUCAAGCGGUGGAUAGCAUUGUUCACCUGCUUGACCAUACGCGCUGUGCAUUUGGAAAUCGUCCAUAGCUUGUCAAAGGAAUCCUGUUUUAUGGCUGUUAGAAGAUUCGUAUCACGAAGAGGUGCUCCGGCUGAGAUAUUCAGCGAUAAUGGGACUAACUUUCACGGGGCGAACAAUCAAUUAAAGCGGGAGAUAGAGGAACGGAAUAACGAUCUAGCAACAACCUUCACCAACACUACUACUCGGUGGUCGUUCAACCCACCUGGUGCGCCACAUAUGGGUGGCGCGUGGGAACGAAUGGUCCGCUCGGUGAAGACAGCAAUCGGAGCCAUUUUGGAAACGCAGAGACGACCGGAUGAUGAGGUUUUCAUGACAGUUAUGAUUGAAGCGGAGGCGAUGAUAAAUACGAGACCGUUGACGUACAUACCAUUAGAAUCGGCGGAUCAUGAAGCCUUGACCCCAAACCAUUUUCUCUUGGGGAGCUCAAGCGGUAUAAAGCAGCCACCUACGAUGCCCAUGGAUUAUCGUACAACGUUGACUAGUGGAUGGAAGCUAGCCCAGUAUUUGUCGGAUACAUUAUGGAAGCGUUGGAUCAAAGAAUAUAUGCCGGUGAUUUUGAGAAGGUCAAAGUGGUUUGAAGACGUGAGGGAGAUAACAGAAGGGGAUCUGGUGCUGAUCGUGGACAGUACGGUGCGGAAUCAAUGGAUCAGAGGAAAGGUGGUCAAGAUCAUUCAAGGAAAAGAUGGACGCGUCCGACAAGCCUGGGUACAAACUGCAAGUGGUACCUUGCGAAGACCAGUGGUGAAGUUAGCGUUACUCGACGUCGUAGAUGGUGGUAAACCGGAAGUCGCUCACAAGGCUUUACGGGUGGGGGAAUGUGACGUCGAGAACCCCUCGUCGACCAACGUGCAGUAGUCGCGGGAUCAAUUGAACGUUCGACAUAUGAUGGAGAACCGAUAAUGUUGGAACGUCAUUGCUAGAAAAACAAAAACAAAAAUAAACCAAAUUUUUGCUACUCGUGUUGAAAACCGAAUGAACAGAAGAUUUUUUAUUUAAAUAAUAAUUUACAAUAAUCUGAAAAGGAAAAUAAUUGUUAAAAAACAGGAAGUGGGUUAUAUCUAUGGUAUAACCGCAAGGGUGACGUAGGACUAUCGUUGAUUUAGAGAUCAUUUGUUUGAAGUUGAAUCUAAAUCCAUUCUGAAUGAAUGAAUAAAUGAAUAUUUGGGGGACUUCGAAAA